AUCGGCCAGCGAUAAACAGGAUUUCGUAGCUAGUUAAAUAGAUACGAACAAAAAGCUUUGUUUUUGAGUGUAGUGUUCGCAAACGCAUAAUAAUACGCAGUAAAGAAAGUGUAUAACUUGGGUUUCGUCCAAAAUAAUUUCUCUAGGAUGUGUAUAUAUAUUUAUGAAUAUAUUUUUUAGAAUUAGCCUUUGGCUUGCUAGCUGCUUGCUGUUACGGAACUAGCUGUUUUUAUAUUUAUUUUCUUCAGUGCUAACUGUUGGUACUUAGCAAUGACUCUCUUCAAUACGAACGAGUCUUUUCAUUAGAAAGUAGCAGGUUUUCGGUAUUUCUUCUUCUAUGAUGACACCGGAAUGCGUUUGCUAAAGGCUCCUCGAAUCCGGAUCUUCCUUGUUUUCUAUACACUGGUGUCAUUAGAGUUAUAGUUUUCAGGCCCACGUUCUGAGACACGGUCAUGGAGGAGAACGGAGAAACGCUGGAAGCCGACGAUCUCGUGAUCAUCGUGGAAAACGAGGCCGAGAGCAAACCAAUCCAAGAGGCCAAACAGAAAGAGGAAGGCAGCCUGGGCCUGCUGGACAUCUGUCCCCUGUGUAAGCUAAGCUUCCACAGCAGGGAACCCAAACUGCUGCCCUGUCUGCACUCCUUCUGCAAAAGAUGCCUUCCGUCAUCAUCGAGGAACCUGGGAUACACCGAACAAGGCACGAACCAGCACAUGCCGUCUGAGGGACAAGGCAAGACAUCAGUAAACGUGAUCCGGUGCCCAGUUUGUCAUCAAGAGUGCAUGGAAGUUGAGGUCUUGGAUAACUUCUUUGCCAAGGACACCAUGGAGGUGCCUAGCAGCACUGUAGAGAAGACCAGUCAGCUGUGUAUGAGCUGCGACGACAACACGGAAGCCACUGGGUUCUGUGUGGAGUGUGUGGAAUUCCUGUGCGUCACCUGCAUCGAGGCUCAUCAGCGUGUAAAGUUCACGAGAGAUCAUACGAUCAGGCAAAUGGAGGAGAUGUCUUCAGAAGCAAUGGGUGCUUCCACGCAAAAACCGGUUUUCUGUGAUGUCCACAAGCAAGAGCCCCUGAAGCUUUUCUGUGAAACUUGUGACCGUCUCACCUGCAGGGACUGUCAGUUACUCAAGCACAAGGACCAUAACUACCAGUUUCUGGAGGAUGCAUAUAGAAACCACAGGGAACACCUAGAGAAGAUGACGGUCCAGCUUCAGGACAAACGGAAGGCCAUUGGGGAGGUGUCUGACACUAUAAAUAAUGGCCUUCAGCAAGUGGAUGAAAACCGCAAGACUGUCACCAAUGAGAUUAAAAAGGCAAUCUGCAAUCUGAUUAUGGAAAUAAACAGAAAAGGGAAGAUCUUAAUCAACCAGCUUGAGGCACUGACGAAAGACCAUGAAAUGGUGCUGAAGAAACAGCAGGAAGACAUCUCCUCCAUCACCAAGCAUCUUGAUCAUGUGAUUAACUUCACAAAGUGGGCUACAGCCAGUAACAGUGGUACCGCGCUCCUGUACUGUAAACGGCUGAUUUUGUAUCAAAUCCAGUUCCUUCUUCGAGCAAAGUGCAAUACUUCCUACGUUCCUCAGAGCUCAGUUCGCUUCCAGUGCCGGGCUGCUUUUUGGGCUUCAAAUGUUGACCUUGGGUCCCUCGUGGUAGAGAAAAGCUCAGCUCGGCAGCAGGGUGGCCCCCAGCCAUUUCCUUUCCAUCAGAUGAACCCGGUCCCCAGGGGUGAGGGGCCCCCUUUGUCCCUCACAGGAUCUCAGGCUCAGCAGCACAGGCAGAGCACACUGGCCCAGCUGCAAAUGCAGGUGGAGAAACUUGCUCAACAGCCAAACCGACACGUGUCUCCUAAUCACUGGUCUUGGGGAAUGCGUCCCCCUGGGCAGCCACCAUCCACUAGACCAAUGCAGGGAGGAUCACCUUCCCAGAAUUUAGCCGGUAUGCCCCAGCAGGCUUGGAGGUAUGGCAGCCCGCACAUUAAUACAAGAAGUCCACCGACUCUGAUCCAGAACUCCAGCAUUCCACAACAGGUAAAGACCUUAAGGGGUCUUAUCAACAGUCCUAACUUCCCUCCCAAACCUAUGGACGUGCUUCAAGGACCUUCUCGCUAUUCCCAGAAUGCACCUCUCCAAAACACUGCUCCGCACGCAUCUCAGGUGUCUUACAUGCAGAGAAACAUGAUGGAACCCUCAUACCUCAGCAGGAGAAGUGACCCUUCUGUUUCUUUAUCAGUGUCUGGCCCGAGAGCUAGUUUUGUUCCAACUCUGCCCCCUACUAUGCAUGAGAAAAAUGCACCAGUAAGACAGAUUUCUCCCAUGUCUGCACCUUCAUCAUCAGAAGCAAGGACCGGGGCUGGUCCCUGGAAGCGUUCGGAGCCUCCAGCGAGUGGGCCAACAAGCCUUACAACCAAGAGAAGGAGAAAGUCCUCUCCAGGGCCAGUCAUAGUCAUCAAGGAUGAACCUGAAGAUGACGACGAAGUUCGAUUUGUCCAGACCACUAACAAAGCUAGUCUUCCAGAUAGCACAGGCGUGCAGUCUCAGACCCAGCAACAGGGGUCGUCUCCCACAGAAGAGCAGCAGACAGAGAAAAGCCCUGAACCUGAGGAGGACCCUAAUGAGGACUGGUGCGCUGUGUGCCAGAAUGGAGGAGAACUGCUCUGCUGUGAUAAAUGUCCCAAAGUCUUCCAUCUCAGCUGUCAUAUUCCCACUCUCAAUGCAUCGCCAAGUGGCGAAUGGUACUGCGCAUUCUGCCGUGAUCUUAACGAACCCGAAAUGGAGUACGACACCGAUCGUAGUGCAGAGUCUAAGAACGUGAAGCCCGAUCCUGAUUCGGUUGCUUUAACUCCUGUGGAUAGACGAAAAUGUGAGAGACUGUUACUGCGCAUCUACUGUAAUGAACUCAGCACCGAUUUCCAGGAGCCUGUAACACCGUCCUCAAUGCCAGAAUACAACGAGAUUAUUAAAACCCCAAUGGACCUGUCUAAAGUGAGGAGCAAACUGGAGGGCAAGGAGAAUAUCAGUUACAGCACAGAGGACUUUGUGGCAGACAUAAGGCUUAUUUUCAAAAACUGUGCUACUUUCCACAAGGAGGACACGGAGAUGUCCAGUGUUGGAGCUAAUCUGGAGAGUUAUUUUGAAGAGCAGCUGAAACUUUUAUAUCCAGAUCGGACCUUUACAGAUGUAAAAGCAGAAGAGCCAGCUCCAGAACCAGAACCCGCACCAGCUGCUCCAUCUCCGAAAGAUACAGCAGAAGCAGCAACGCAGUCACCAAAAACACUCAUGCCUGAACCACCUGCAGCAAAUGAGGAUGCCGAAAUUCCUAAUAAAAGUCCUCCUAAGGAGGAACCUCAGACAGAAGAACCUGCGGAAAAUACUGAGGGCACGGAGAAACCACAGGAAAACUGUAGUGCUGAGAACACACCUGAGGAAGACCAUGAUAAAGAUCAGAAUGGGUCAUCAGCCUAAAGUGUCAUCCAUCUUUCUUCAUGUCUCUCAUUCUUUCUCUCUCUCUCUCUUUCUUUUUCUAUCUGUUUCCCUCUCUCUUCAUGGACACUUGUGAUUUUUCACCUCACGGUGUAUUAAUUCUGCAAUAAUAGGAAUAUUGCAUACAGAAUCACGGUUAAAAAGAGCAAUAUAGCUCAUUAGGGUAUGUAAAAUAGGCACAAUAAAUGCAGAUGUAAAAAAUAAGAUCAUGAUUUUGUUUUUGAAAAACUGCGUUACUUUGAAAAAUGCAAAAUUGUGUACAUUAUCUGUGCUUCUAUUAUGAUCGAUUCUAGAAAUAGAAUGAUUUGACUUGCUUUAUAUAUUUAUUUGUCUUGUACCCAUGUUUAAGUUGGUGCUCCAGAGAAGAGCAUGCUUAGAAAUAAAUUAGAUGAACUGUUA